GGCGGAGGAGGCGGGAGCUGAGCUGAGCGGGGCGGGCGGCGGUGGCGGCGGCGGCGGCGGGGCCCGAGCCCGAGAAGAUGGCGGUGCGGAAGAAGGACGGCGGCCCCAACGUGAAGUACUACGAGGCCGCGGACACCGUGACCCAGUUCGACAACGUGCGGCUGUGGCUCGGCAAGAACUAUAAGAAGUAUAUCCAAGCUGAACCACCCACCAACAAGUCGCUGUCUAGCCUGGUUGUACAGUUGCUACAAUUUCAGGAAGAAGUUUUUGGCAAACAUGUCAGCAAUGCGCCACUCACUAAACUGCCGAUCAAAUGUUUCCUAGAUUUCAAAGCAGGAGGCUCCCUGUGCCACAUACUUGCAGCUGCCUACAAAUUCAAGAGUGACCAGGGAUGGAGGCGUUACGAUUUCCAGAACCCAUCACGCAUGGACCGCAAUGUGGAAAUGUUUAUGACCAUUGAGAAGUCCUUGGUGCAGAAUAACUGCCUGUCUCGACCUAACAUUUUUCUCUGCCCAGAUAUUGAGCCCAAACUGCUAGGGAAGUUAAAGGACAUUAUCAAGAGACACCAGGGAACAGUCACUGAGGAUAAGAACAAUGCCUCCCACGUUGUGUAUCCUGUCCCAGGGAACCUCGAAGAAGAGGAAUGGGUACGGCCAGUCAUGAAGAGGGAUAAGCAGGUUCUUCUGCACUGGGGCUACUACCCUGACAGUUACGACACCUGGAUCCCGGCAAGUGAAAUUGAAGCAUCUGUGGAAGACGCACCAACUCCCGAGAAACCUAGAAAGGUUCAUGCAAAGUGGAUCCUGGACACAGACACCUUCAAUGAGUGGAUGAAUGAGGAAGACUAUGAAGUAAAUGAUGACAAAAACCCUGUCUCCCGCCGAAAGAAGAUUUCAGCUAAGACACUGACAGACGAGGUGAACAGCCCGGAUUCAGAUCGUCGAGACAAGAAGGGAGGGAACUAUAAGAAGAGGAAGCGUUCCCCUUCUCCUUCACCAACCCCAGAAGCUAAGAAGAAAAACGCUAAGAAAGGCCCUUCAACACCUUACACCAAGUCAAAGCGUGGCCACAGAGAGGAGGAGCAAGAAGACCUGACAAAGGACAUGGAUGAGCCCUCACCAGUCCCCAAUGUAGAAGAGGUGACACUGCCCAAAACAGUGAACACUAAGAAGGACUCGGAGUCAGCUCCCGUCAAAGGAGGCACCAUGACCGACCUGGAUGAACAGGAGGAUGAGAGCAUGGAGACCACGGGCAAGGAUGAGGACGAGAACAGCACGGGGAACAAGGGGGAGCAGACCAAGAAUCCAGACCUGCAUGAGGACAACGUGACUGAGCAGACACACCACAUCAUCAUUCCCAGCUAUGCUGCCUGGUUUGACUACAACAGUGUGCAUGCCAUUGAGAGGAGGGCUCUCCCCGAGUUCUUCAACGGCAAGAACAAGUCCAAGACCCCAGAGAUCUACCUGGCCUACCGAAACUUCAUGAUUGACACUUACCGACUUAACCCCCAAGAGUACCUCACCUCCACUGCCUGCCGCCGGAACCUGGCCGGGGACGUCUGUGCCAUCAUGAGGGUCCAUGCCUUCCUCGAGCAGUGGGGUCUUAUUAACUACCAGGUGGAUGCCGAGAGCCGACCAACCCCCAUGGGGCCUCCGCCCACCUCUCACUUCCAUGUCUUGGCCGACACACCGUCGGGGCUGGUGCCUCUGCAGCCCAAGACCCCGCAGGGCCGCCAGGUUGAUGCUGAUACCAAGGCUGGGCGAAAGGGCAAAGAGCUGGAUGACCUGGUGCCAGAGACGGCUAAGGGCAAGCCAGAGCUGCAGACCUCUGCUUCCCAACAAAUGCUCAACUUUCCUGACAAAGGCAAAGAGAAACCAACAGACAUGCAGAACUUCGGGCUGCGCACAGACAUGUACACGAAGAAGAGCGUCCCCUCCAAGAGCAAAGCCGCAGCCAGUGCCACUCGAGAGUGGACAGAACAGGAGACCCUGCUACUCCUCGAGGCACUGGAAAUGUACAAAGAUGACUGGAACAAAGUAUCUGAGCACGUGGGAAGCCGGACACAGGAUGAGUGCAUCUUGCAUUUCCUUCGUCUUCCCAUUGAAGACCCCUACCUGGAGGACUCGGAGGCCUCCCUGGGCCCCCUGGCCUACCAGCCCAUCCCCUUCAGUCAGUCGGGCAACCCUGUCAUGAGCACUGUUGCCUUCCUGGCCUCUGUCGUCGAUCCCCGCGUCGCGUCUGCUGCUGCAAAGUCUGCCCUAGAGGAGUUCUCCAAAAUGAAGGAAGAGGUGCCCACAGCCUUGGUGGAAGCCCACGUUCGGAAAGUGGAGGAAGCAGCCAAAGUGACAGGCAAGGCCGACCCAGCCUUUGGCCUGGAAAGCAGCGGCAUCGCAGGAACCACCUCUGAGGAGCCUGAGCGGAUCGGCCCAGAGGAGAGCGGGACUGACGAAGCCCGGGCGGAGGGCCAGGCCACAGAUGAGAAGAAGGAGCCUAAGGAGCCCCGGGAAGGAGGAGGGGCUGGAGAGGAGGAGGCCAAGGAGAAAACUAGCGAGGCCCCCAAGAAGGAUGAGGAGAAAGGGAAAGAAGGCGACAGCGAGAGGGAACCGGAGAAGAGUGAUGCUGACUCAAUGGCUGAUCCCGAGAAGGAGAAGGAGCCAAAGGAAGGGCAGGAGGAAGUGCUGAAGGAGGUGGUGGAGUCGGAGGGGGAAAGGAAGACGAAGGUGGAGCGGGACAUUGGGGAGGGCAACCUCUCCACCGCCGCUGCCGCUGCCCUGGCUGCCGCCGCUGUGAAAGCCAAGCACUUAGCUGCCGUCGAAGAAAGGAAGAUCAAGUCUUUGGUGGCUCUGCUGGUGGAAACUCAGAUGAAAAAGUUGGAGAUCAAACUCCGGCACUUCGAGGAGCUAGAGACGAUCAUGGACCGGGAGCGAGAAGCACUGGAGUAUCAGAGGCAGCAGCUCCUGGCCGACAGACAAGCCUUCCACAUGGAGCAGCUAAAGUACGCGGAGAUGAGGGCCCGGCAGCAGCACUUCCAACAGAUGCACCAACAGCAGCAGCAGCCACCGCCAACCCUGCCCCCAGGUUCCCAGCCUAUCCCCCCUACAGGGGCUGCUGGGCCACCCGCAGUCCAUGGCUUGGCCGUGGCUCCAGCCUCUGUGGCCCCUGCUCCUGCUGGCAGUGGGGUCCCUCCUGGAAGCUUGGGCCCUUCUGAACAGAUUGGGCAGGCAGGGUCAACGGCAGGGCCACAGCAGCAGCAACCAGCUGGAGCCCCCCAGCCUGGGGCAGUCCCACCAGGGGUACCCCCCCCUGGACCCCAUGGCCCCUCACCGUUCCCCAACCAACAAACUCCUCCCUCAAUGAUGCCAGGGGCAGUGCCAGGCAGCGGGCACCCAGGCGUGGCGGGUAAUGCUCCUUUGGGUUUGCCUUUUGGCAUGCCGCCUCCUCCUCCUCCUGCUCCAUCCAUCAUCCCAUUUGGUAGUCUAGCCGACCCCAUCAGUAUUAACCUUCCCCCUCCUCCUAACCUGCAUGGGCAUCACCACCAUCUCCCGUUCGCCCCGGGCACUCUCCCCCCACCUAACCUGCCUGUGUCCAUGGCGAACCCUCUACAUCCUAACCUGCCGGCGACCACCACCAUGCCAUCCUCCUUGCCUCUCGGGCCGGGGCUCGGAUCCGCCGCAGCCCAGAGCCCUGCCAUUGUGGCAGCUGUUCAGGGCAACCUCCUGCCCAGUGCCAGCCCACUGCCAGACCCAGGCACCCCUCUGCCUCCAGACCCCACAGCCCCGAGCCCAGGCACAGUCACCCCUGUGCCACCUCCACAGUGAGCAGCCAGCCAGACAACUCCCCCUCACCCCCAAGGAGAUCACGGUUCCAGGAACAGCCCUCCCCCAACCACUGGGACCCUUCCCCAGCCUGGAGAGUUCAUCACUACGUAAGGAAAGCUCCUCCUGCCCUUCCACAGCCCGCGCCGUGCCCUGCAGGGGCAUGCGUUUUUAUAUCAGAGUAUCUAAGGACUGUUUCAAAGCUGUUUCUUGUGUCUCUGAGAGGAUAGGAUGGGAAGGCUGCCUUCAGCAGAAGGGCCGGAAGGUGCUCAUCCAGGGUUCUAAUUAACCACUUCUAAGGGCGCAUCCCCUCAAAACUACUGCAUUUUUUUAAUGGAUUAAAAAAAAUUAAGCCCUUUAAAAAGUAGAGAGAUUUUAAAAAGCCACAUUUGAACUCCCUUCAGUAACCAAGUCUUACAUUUUUUAGAGGAUGACAAUUUCAAGAAAGGGGAACUGAGGUUCUGGGGAGCGCUCUGGUAGAAUAGGGUGCAGAGCCCGUCUCCCCCAGCCCCUGGCUGGUGGCUGAGUCGCCGCCCAGCUCCCUUACCCACUGCCCCUGCGCACUCGUGCCCGCUGCUGCUUCCCAUUGUUGCUUUCAGGCUUCCCAGCUCAGCCAACGACCCCUUGCCCUCUGGAUGUCAGUUUUGUGUUUUUAAAAGUCGCCUGUUUAGUUGA